GUAAGCUGUACUUCAGAGAGCUCCCCAACCCUCUCCUCACCUAUGAACUCUACAAAAAAUUUACAGAUGCAAUGUCAGUUAAAGAGGAGCAGGAGCAACUCCGAAACAUCAGGAGUGUCAUAAAAGAACUUCCUGUUUCACACUUGAGAACUCUGGAAUACCUCACCAAACACUUGGCACAUUUAGCUACCCUCAGUCACCAAACCAACAUGCAUUCUCGCAAUCUUGCCCUGGUGUGGGCUCCAAAUCUACUUCGCUCCAAGGAGGUAGAGGUGCCCUCCUGCAAUGGUGAUAUAGCAUUUCUGGAGGUGCGGGUCCAGCAGUCAGUUGUGGAGUUCAUUCUCAAACACACUGAGCAAAUCUUCAACCAGGAUGUUCAGCCAUCCAAGUCGAUAGAAGGCCCUAGCAUGGCCUGUGGGGAGAAGUACGCCACCUUGCCUGCCAGCACGCAGUGUGGCCCCAUGAAGCUCAUGAGUCUCGAAGAGGCGCAGGCUCGCUCUCUUAGUCCCAACCACCCAGCAAUGAGAGAGAGGCAAAGAGAGAACAGCCUUCCAGAUACCAGCACUGCUGCAAUGUAUCAUACAGUAAUAGAUCUGUCGGACAGCAGAAGAAAAUUCUCAGGAAAAUCUAAGAAGUGGAAGUCCAUCUUCAGUCUUGGACGAUCUGUAAUCGACUCUAAAGGGAAACUGAGUCACAAUGGGAGUGUGUUUAUGAGAGGUCAAAAUCCCUCAGAAAAACCUGCUAUAAGGCCAUCCAAAAGCAUGGACUCUCUCUGUUCCUUUCAGGCAGCAGAUGAGGACAAAGCACCAACAGAAGGAAGCAAUGGCAUCUUUAUCCCAGCUCUAAAAUCCCAAACCCUGGGCUCAGAUAUCGACUACAAUCUGAACAAGAAGGAUCAAAAAUGGGACUUAGAUCCUCAUACUGCAUCAGGAGGAUCCCUGAAUGAGAAAAGAGAAGGAGCAUCAAAUGCCUCCUCUUCAUCUCCAUCUUUAUCCCCACUGCAGAAAGCUCUUCCAGAACAGCUGAAAGUUUUCAAAGGUGAUGACCGCAGCGGCUGCCAGCCCACAUCUCCCAAAAACCGUCGGAUGUUGUAUUCUGGAUCUGCCAGUAAUGGAUCUAGACCGUCUUUUCCAGGCAGCCUCUUUCCGCUGGAGUCAUCGCCGCGGCACCAACGAAAGGCCCUCAACAUUUCUGAACCCUUUGCAGUGUCUGUACCUUUGCGUGUGUCUGCAGUUAUUAACUCUAACAGCACCCCCUGCAGGGCACCAGGGAAAGAGCGGGACAGGGGUUUGGGGGGACUCUUUAAGCCCACUAAGGAGGCUGGGCCUCUGGAACCCCAUCGCAGUGAAAGUAUUGGCACUGCUGGAUUGCGAGUACCCAGCAGUGGCGGCAGUGGGAACUUUACGUUCACAGACUGGGAGACUGGACUAGCAGGUCACACCAGCAGUACUGGGUACAGAGAGAACCCGCUCAGUGACAGCAGUGGAGGCAGCGGAUGCAGUAUCUAUAGCAACAGCAGCUCUUUCCCCGUGGAAAAUGAGGAUCAGACUGGGGAAAGAGAUACUACAGACGCGCUCACUCUGGGGACAACAAAGAGCAAGGAUGCAGUAGUGAGAGAGCUGAUAGCCAGUGUGGAGAAUUUUGAACCUCAGGUGUCAUCUGAGACUAAAGAAAUUAAGGAAGAACUGGAAACUACAUCAAUGCAACAAGAUAUGGCAAAAUUGGACAAACUGGAAGUAAUCAAAAAGGUGCCAUCAUCUGGCAUGCAUCAAAAAGGUUCAGUCACUGAGGCUAAAACAAACAUGCCAGAUAAACAGGAAACAGAUAUUCUCCAAGAUGCAGAACCAUGCAGUGAAGAGGAACUAAGAACAGAUCCUGGUAAGAAAGACAACACUUCCAAAAGUAACUUGUCAGAUAAUUCAAGCAUCUAUGCAAAAUUGCAUGUUCACACAUCUCUUCAAUCUGAUACAAAAGAACCAUUUGUAUCAAAGGACAUUUGUGAAAAAGAAAAUAAGGAGGUUAGUGAUGAACCCCAGAAACUUGACUUAGCAGAAAGAAUCAAGGGAAGUUGGGAAAGACUCUCGACUUGUCUGAAUGAACAUCACCACACACUGGAAAGUUUUUAUCAAGAUGAUGUAGACACAUGGGGGAGUCAUUUGGGUGGCUUGGAUCAGGUUGAACCAUGGGAGGACUUAUGUUCUGCCAAGCAGUGGGUAACCAGCCCUCUGCACUCACCAAAACUUGAGGAUCACUUACCUAUGCCAAGAGAGACCAUGCCAUGUCAAGCAAUUCACAGCCAAGUUCUUGACAAUCCAAAAGUGGAUGACUUCCCCAACAGCAAGAAGGCUGAAGCUAAAGAACCAGCUGUGCUUAAUGACAUUACAUCAUCUCAAACAGAGGCUGCUGUGACAGCCGCCUGUGAACUUGGAAACUCUGACUUCCCAAAAGGAAACAAAAAUACAGGCACAGAUGUAGCUUGUUUUGCACAGAUAACAGAGCAUUUUGACAGUGAUAACCUCAAGUGGAUGGGAGACAAAGACAGCAGAAAACUGGAGAUUCCACAGGUUAAGAUAUUGAAGACAUUCACCGAUCCAGAUGAGACUACUGGACUGCAAAACAUGAGCAAAGCAAAACAGAAACGCUCUUCUCCAUCUCAGAGGUUUCAUCGACAAACAUCCAAUGAGUCCUGCAUUGUGGAGAGAAGUCAUGAAAACAUUAAAUCCAAACUCAGGCCAUGCUCCCUUAACCUUGAUUUAGGACACCAAGGCAUCAGAGACAUUUCAAAUAGUCAGUAUCUGAAAAGUGCAAAACAUUCAAAUGCACAGGAAUGGUUGACACCUGAAGCCAAGCAUGGUAGCUCAUCUCUAGAGUUGGAGCUAUUCCUCAGUGGCUCCAAGGCCCCUGUGCGACGCAACUCGGCACCAGUUAGUGUGACAUCAGUUCGUACUGCAUUCAUGAUCAAAACUUGCAAAGCUAAAGCUGUUCCUGUUAUUCCACCAAAAAUUCAGUAUAGCCACAUACCUCAUGCUCUACCUGAGGGGAGCACUGAUCAAGUCAAUAAAAGUACAUCUGAAAAGAAACCUACUAAGAGCAAGUUGGGAAACGCAGGUUCUGCACUUCCCCUCCAGACAGUUCACAGGGAGGAUGUGCCAAGCAGUGAACCACCAUCAGCGGUCCAAAGACAGAUUCCUAUGAGCAAUGCAACAUGCAAUGAGAAUUACAAACCAACCUCCAUUCCAGACCUUCCAGUGUUGAGAAGGAAGCGAUCUGCAAAUGGGGACACAUUUAUGGAUCGUCCUAGACCUGAGCGCUCAUCGCUUCUUCAGAGAUCGUCCUUCAGAAAUCGUCCAAGACCUCAAAGUCUCAUCCUGUUCAGCCCUCCAUUUCCAAUCAUGGACUACCCUCCAGUAGGGGAUGAUGGUAAACUAGUCCUAUCUCCUAUUAAAACCGAAGCAUCACCAUUUGACGUCUAUUCAAAUGAACUAGCGGAAAACCUCAAAACUACUGAGGGGGUAACCUUGCGUAAUAAAAUGACUUUGCCAAAGAGUGGACAAAGGCUUGAGACCUCAACCAGUUGCUUUUACCAGCCACAAAGGAGGUCAAUGAUUUUCGACAACAGAAGUAACAGGCAAAUUGAAUGAGAUAAGACUGAUCCAUUACUGGCCAUCAUGCAAUAACUAGCAAACCUCUUGCUUAUUAAUUGUUACCGAGUGUCAGUAUACCUAGAAACACACAAUGAUGCUUGGAAAUCAAGGUGCCGUUAAUCCUGAUAAUACAGAUUUGUAAGUAUUAAGCUUUGUGUAAAAUGCUGCUGAUAAGGAUAAUGUCUAUGUUUAAAGUGACUUCAUUCCCUUCAUGUGGAACUCAAGGUCUUAGUGUCUGUUAUUACUUUAUCAUGAUCGGAAAUAUUUUGUUUACAAUUGGAGUCAUUUAUAAAUUAUAUACAAAUCCGCAUGAUAAGAAAAAAAAAAAAAGCAGUUAAAAAAAAAAAAAAACAUUUUUUAUUUAUUCCAUAUUGUCUUGUUUUGUCAUUGUCAUACAAAUCUGUACUUCUGUAAGUCCAUAAAGAGUAAAAAUCAAUUUGUACAAAUGUUUAGAGUAAAUGUCCUGUGGUUUGAAGAUAGUUUAAAGGUCAAUGUUCUUGAAUAAUUCAAAUAUUGUUUCAAGCUGUGUUCUCUCUUUUGUAGAUACAUUUUUAUAUAUUUUCAAAUCUCCUGAUUACUUGGUUAACAGAAAUGUAUGAAAAAAAGAUACUGAGGUUUCAAAAAAUAAGAAUAUAAAAAAACGUCCAUGUUUUAUAUAAACCGUAAAGCAGAGAAGUUUUGACAAUGUAUUCUGAAGAAAGGCAGAGACAAGGAUGAAAGAUCAUGAUGAUGACGUUGUCAGUUGUGUAAUCGGACAACACUAACCUUGUAAAAUGCUCUUUUUGUAUUCAAUAAAAUUGGAUUUAUUGUAUGUAUACUAUUCUAAACAAAAUAAUAAAAGUAUUUCACAUGUAAUGUGCACAC